AUGAAGUCAGUUUCAUACGUGAUAGAUCCUGAUGGCGACAUCGAACUCGUUCUCAACGAGCCAAAUAUCCAGGAUAUCAUCCCCGAAAGAGUCUUGCCAGGAGAACUAGAUACCGCAAACGGCUCGCCCACCACCGACUUGAACAACUCGGUACUCCAAGGACGAUACGCGGUCUUUGAUAACUUUGAUACUCCAACAUUUGUCGACGAUUAUGGCGAUUUGGACUUUGUAGAAGAGACCCCAGACGUUGUACGCAUGAGAGUAUCUUCAAAGCACCUCACAUUGGGCUCGAAGGUUUUCAGGGCCAUGUUUCGAGGCUCAUGGGCCGAAGCCUCUUUGUCAUCUUCUUCUCGGGAUAGCCCCCGCCAACUUGCGACCUCUGACUGGGACGCUAAGGCGCUUGCCAUCGUUCUUGAUGCGAUGCACGGGCGUUUUCGGCACAUCCCCAAGGAUGUCAACCUCGUUCUCCUGGCUCGUAUUGCCACCAUCGUCGACUACUACCAAUGUUACGAAAGCAUGGAGCUCAUCAGCAACUUGUGGCUCUCUCAACAGUCUGUUACGCAGGAAAACAUCGAUGGGUACUCCAAAAGCUCAUUGCUACUGCUAUAUGUCGCGUGGGUCUUUGAGAGCGAUGUUCUUUUCACUGCCGUGGCCCGCCGGGUCUUGAGGUACGGCCAAGGACCUUCGGAAUUCGAUUUUAAGGACCUCCCCGUUGGUGGAGUCAUGGGUAUCCUGAAUGACAAAAGAACGGAGCUUAUCGGACGGAUCUUGGAAGGACUCGACAUACUCCAAGAAACCCUCCGUACGGAGAAUGAAUGCCCCGGUUUGGGCCUCUCCGACUGCUCAUCCACGUUGCUUGGAAUGUUGAUGAGAGAGAGAUUCAGAUGGGAGGACCUGUAUCUUCCCCUCGAGCCUCCUUAUGACGGAUACAACAUCGUCACGGUGCGAGCCUUUGUCGAUGGGUUCCCCCGACCCAAGCCAUUGCAGCCGAGAUACGACAACUCCGGUAUCAGUAGCUUUGGAGAACUCGACGUAUUUCAUCGACGAUGCAUGUGCACUAUCCAGGGGCGGAUGCAGAAACUGAUGAAGGGGGUAACCAACGACAUCAAGGCUUUCCGCCCUUCACGCAUUCAAGGUUGGGGUCUGCGUCAGAAGGAGAAUGACUAG